AUGAAGAACGGCGUUGAAGACGUUCCACCGCCUCCUCCUCCCCCUCCGCCCCCUACUGACGUCCCACCUCCGCCUCCACCACCCUCGGAUCUCAUCCCCCCGCCUCCACCCCCAGAAGACUUCGAGUCGACGGGUGCGACAGCGCCUACCGUCAAGAAGCGCAAACUAGGCUGGGGCAGCACUGCCGCUUCAAAACCUCAACCACUCAGCAUCGAAGAAUUGUUGGCAAAGAAGAAGGCGGCUGAUGAAGCGGCGGCGAAACCAAAGUUUCUUUCGAAGAAGGAGCGCGAACGCCUUGCCCUGGAGAAGCGCGAGAAGGAAGUGGCCGCGGAGAAGGAGAAGCAUGAGGGGGAUAGGCUCACAAAUGGAUCUUCGAACGGCACAAACGGGCACAGUGUCGCGCGCAAUAAUGCGGCACCUACGGCACCGCGAGGGAUGCGAAAUGGAGAAGGAAGAGUUCCAACAGGACCGGCCGCCAUGCGAAACCUCCCCAACAAAGGCUAUGAUAUGGCGCCACCACCCCCACCAAAGUCCGUAUCCAUAGUCGAUGGACCGAAGUCGUCGAAGAAGUUGUCUGAGCGAGACAUCGAAGCCGAUAUGACUCGAACGCGGUACAUGGGUGCCGACAACAACACCUCCACAUUCAGCGCGAAAAAGAAACGCAAGCGAACGACGGAGAAGAAGUUCAACUUCGAGUGGAACACCGAGGAAGACACCAGCCCGGAUUACAAUCCCUUGUAUCAGACCCGAGCCGAAGGCACGAGUCUUUUUGGUCGUGGGAAGUUGGGAGGCUUCGCGGAUGAUGCUGCGGAUACUAUGGCGCGGGCUUAUGCGAGAGCAAUAGAAGAAAGGGACCCUGAAGCUGGGCGAGAGAGAGCGAAGGAGAUACUCGAAAUGGAGCGGAGACGGCGCGAAGAAGGAGGGCGCAACGGCAUUGACAAGCACUGGAGCGAGAAGAAGCUGGAGCAGAUGCGUGAGCGUGACUGGCGCAUCUUCAAGGAAGACUUCAACAUCGCGACCAAAGGCGGCAGCAUCCCGAACCCCAUGCGCUCUUGGGACGAGUCUGGCCUGCCAAAGAAGCUUCUCGACAUCGUGGACCAAGUCGGCUACACGGAACCGUCUGCAGUACAGCGAGCAGCUAUUCCGAUCGCCUUGCAGUCGAGAGAUCUCAUCGGCGUGGCUGUCACCGGUUCCGGAAAGACUGCCGCAUUCAUCCUGCCACUGCUGACUUACAUUUCCGAGCUGCCGGCACUGAACGAGUUCACGAAGAACGACGGCCCCUACGCAAUCAUCAUGGCGCCGACGCGUGAAUUGGCGCAACAGAUUGAAGUGGAAGCGAAGAAGUUCGCCACUCCUCUCGGCUUUACCUGCGUGUCCCUCGUUGGUGGUCACUCGAUCGAGGAGCAAAGCUACAACAUGCGCGACGGAGCCGAAAUCAUCAUCGCGACGCCCGGCCGUCUGGUGGACUGCAUCGAACGCAGAGUCCUUGUCCUGUCGCAGUGUUGUUACAUCAUCCUGGACGAAGCGGAUCGCAUGAUCGAUAUGAAUUUCGAAGAGCCCAUCAAUAAGAUUCUUGAUGCCCUUCCGGUCUCCAACGAGAAGCCCGACACUGAGGAUGCGGAGAAUGCGGCGGUGAUGUCUCGUCACCUCGGUGGCAAGGAACGAUAUCGCCAGACCAUGAUGUACACAGCCACCAUGCCGUCAGCCGUGGAGCGCAUCGCACGCAAGUAUCUUCGUCGGCCCGCGAUCGUGACGAUUGGCAAUGUGGGCGAGGCGGUCGACACGGUCGAGCAACGAGUCGAGUUCAUUUCCGGCGAAGACAAGCGCAAGAAGCGCCUGAACGAGAUUCUGAGCUCGCGCGAGUUCGCCCCACCCAUCAUUGUGUUUGUGAACAUCAAACGCAAUUGCGAUGCGGUGGCGCGCGACAUCCAAAAGAUGGGCUUCAGCAGCACCACGCUGCAUGGAAGCAAAACGCAAGACCAGCGUGAAAUAGCACUGGCAUCACUCCGCGACGGACGUGUGGAUGUGCUGGUCGCUACUGACCUUGCAGGUCGUGGUAUUGAUGUUUCCGAUGUAUCGCUCGUCGUCAACUUCAACAUGGCCACCAACAUCGAAAGCUAUACGCAUCGUAUUGGACGUACGGGUCGUGCAGGGAAGACUGGUGUGGCGAUUACGUUCUUGGGGAACGAGGACAACGAUGUCUUGUACGAUUUGAAGCAGAUGAUUAGCAAGAGCGAUAUCAGUCGCGUACCGGAGGAGUUGAGGAAGCAUGAGGCAGCGCAGCAGAAGAGAGGAGGGCCCGGCGGUGGACACGGGAGGAAGCGUGAUGAUGAUAGCGGUGGUUUUGGAGGCAAAGGUGGUUGGAAUUGA